CAAGACGAUCCCUCGUGCAGCACGCGUCACCUUCAGCGUGGUCUCGUACAAGGUCGCAUCAGCCGCCAUCGUUGUUCUCGGCCGCUUUUUACGCAAUUCUACACUGACGGUUCCUCCCAGACGAUCAUGUGGUCCAGAGAGAACCCAGGCUCGGACUUUUCCGUCUCCUCCUUCGGCAUGUCGGUGCCGCAGCUGGUCAAGGGAUCGUCGCAGCUGCUGCCGCAGGAUCAGCCCGGCUCCGGCAGCGACCACGACGUGCACUGCGGCCUGCUCGGCUUCUACCCGGCCUUCCUGCAGAGCUACCGCACGCCCCGGUGCUACCUCGUUUUCAUCUGCGUGCUUGGCAUGACGCAGGGCUUCGUCGUCAACGGCCUUGUCUCCGUGGUGACGCCCACCAUCGAGAAGCGCUUCCAGCUGCGCGGAGUCGAAGCCGGGAUGAUCCAGAGCAUGUUCAACGUGGCGUCGUGCAUCAUGGUAACGCCAGUGAGCUACCACGGGGGCAUCGGCCACAAGCCGCUCAUAAUGGGCAUCGGCGCGCUCGUCAUGUCCGCCGGCUCGAUGGUGUUCGCGGCGCCGCACUUCCUGGCGCCGCAGUACAUGGCGCUGGACAGCGGCACCACCGAGGUGUGCCCCCAGCGAGGCCCCGGACAGUGUGGCUCCUCGGCGUCGUCCAGCGCCACCAACGCCAACGUCUUCAAGUACUUCUUCAUGGCGGGGCAUGCGCUGCAUGGCAUCGGCUCAUCGCCAUUUUUCACCCUAGGCGUGGCUUACCUGGACCAAAACACACCAUCGGCCAGCGCAUCUUUUUAUAUGGGUAUUUUUUACGCCACAUCUGUCCUGGGACCCGCCAUGGGCUUCGUGCUUGGCGGGUACUUCCUUUCAAAAUACACGGACAUAACCACCGAUCACUCAAAGCUGGGCAUGGACUCUUCGAGUAACAACUGGGUGGGCGCCUGGUGGAUUGGCUUCUUCGGCGCCUCCAUUGCCGCUUUCUUCACUGCCUUUCCCAUGGCCAGCUUUCCAAAGGCGUUACCGACGGCCACAGAACGGGCGAAAGAUCUGUUGAGGCUGCAAAAGGAGAAGCGGAUGCUGUCCCUGAAGCAAGCGCCGAGCGCAGCCAAUGUGCCAGCUGCGCCGGACGCCCAGGCUGCACCGGGUUCGCAGGCAGCGCCAGAUGCCCAGCCUGCUGCUAGGCCGACCUCACAAGCUCCACCUGAGGCCCAGGCUACUCCGGGCUCGCAGGCUGCGCCGGGUGCUAAAGGCACGGCGAGUGCACACGAAACACCAAAGCCUGGUGCCGCGAACCCCCCGCGCGAUAUGCAGGUUGCGUUGGAGGUGACUACCGGGAAAGAGCAGAAGAGGAGCUUUGCAAACCACGUCAAGAGGCUCCUGUGCAAUCCGACAUUCGUCUUUCUCACGCUCGCUGCGUGCGCUGAAACUAUGAUCGCAUCAGGACUCACCGGCUUCGCAACGAAGAUCUUCAUCUCCAUGUUUGGCAUCUCGUCAAGCCGUGCUUCCAGCCUUCUAGGCAUUGUGUCAGUGCCGAGUGCUUGCGGCGGAACCCUGCUGGGAGGCUACGUCAUAACGAAGCUGAACGUGAAGUCGUCCACAAUCGUGCGCUACUGCGUCGUGCUGUCCUUCGUACCGUGGUUCACGCUAUUUGUCUUCACGCACUCCUGUCCCAGCAGUCAUAGAGCACUUGUCAACGUCACCAUCAAUGCCGACAACCGGAAGCUCACCUUCCGUGACCUCGAGCAGAGCUGCAACGCGUACUGCAACUGCUCGCGCAUCGGUUACGACCCGGUGUGCGGGAGCGACAACUUCACCUACUACUCGCCCUGCAUCGCCGGGUGCGGCAACGUGAAGAAGUUCAGGAGCACUAAGCUGUACACCCAGUGCACAUGUGUGAACGGUCCGACGCUGUUCAUGGCUGAUGAUGAAAAGACAAACGAAACUGGCAGCCACUACAUGGCCAGACGUGACCCGUGUGCCACACACUGCAGCCUCCUCUUCGUCUACGCUGCCGCCAUAUUUGUCGCGCUCUUCUUCACGUUCCUGCUCAUCGUGCCCGCCCUUACGGCACUGCUACGCUCGCUCGACGAAGACAUCAAAUCCACCGGCAUCGGCAUCAAUUACGUCGCCAUCAGAAUCUUGGGCACCAUCCCGGGCCCGAUAGCGUUCGGUUACCUGAUCGACCGCAGUUGCUUUCUGUGGCAAGGCACUUGUGAUGGUGGCUCGGGUGCCUGUGCUGUCUACGAAAACUCGGCCAUGGGCAUGAACCUGUUCAUCAUCAUGUUGAGCGUCAAGUCGGCGUCCAUAUUGUUCUUCUUCUUCGCCUCACUUAGCAGCAAGACGGAGGCUAAUGUGCCGACCGCGGCGGGAGUGACGCCUCCGGCUAAAGGGGCCGAAGAUGUCGUGUCCUUCAAGAAGCGAGGAUCCGGCGGUUCUCUCAACGCGGAAACCGUCGGCAAAGAGGAAGUUAAGGAAGAUGGCAGGGACAAGUUGAAAGUGGUUCACGGCGAAUCCAGGGAUGAAGUAGCGAGAAACGACAUCCCUGUAUCCAGGGACUGAAGCAUCCGUAAAUGAAUUAUAAAAAAAGAAAGCAAGUGCCAAUUAAGGAAGCAUUAAAGAGGUAUGGUGCCUCUCAGUUGGGCAGACAUUAUACUACAACUCGGCGCACAGCGCUUGUACAGCGUUUUUUUUUAUAG